AAAUAAAAAUAAAAAUUCACUUCCCAAAAAUCUCCAAACACUCUUCCCCUCUCGCCUGUUUCCCAAUCCACACGCACUCUCUCCCUCUCUCUCUCUCUCUCUCUCAAAGCAUCAUCAAGUAUGGUGUCGUCGUUGGUACCGGUUCUUUCGUCCACCAUUUCCCGCCUGAACUUCCUUCCAAAACCCUCCUUUUACCACUCCCUCAGAGCUCUCAGUCUCACAACACUCCAAUUCAACUUCAAAGAAACUAGAGCCUCUCUCUCUCCUCCCAAUUCUUCCCUCAAUUCUUCAUCUUCCUUACUCUCAAUGUCCAAUUUGAGUUCCCCAAAGCCCCAAAAUGAAAACCCAGAAACUGUAUCUGAUAAUUUGGUCAUUCUGGGCAUUGAGACGAGCUGUGACGACACUGCCGCUGCCGUAGUUCGGAGUAGCGGUGAAAUUCUCAGCCAAGUUGUGUCAUCUCAGGCAGAUUUGCUUGCUCGAUAUGGAGGAGUUGCUCCUAAAAUGGCAGAAGAAGCACAUGCUCAAGUGAUUGAUCAGGUAGUACAGGAUGCACUUGAUAAAGCUAAUGUAAAGGAGACGGAUCUUUCUGCAGUCGCUGUCACUAUUGGUCCUGGUUUAAGCCUUUGUUUACGUGUUGGUGUGCAGAAAGCUCGGAAAAUUUCUGGGACUUUCAAUCUACCAAUUGUUGGUGUCCAUCACAUGGAGGCUCAUGCUUUAGUGGCCAGGUUAACAGAACAAGAGUUGCAAUUUCCUUUUAUGGCGCUGCUUAUCUCAGGCGGACAUAAUCUUCUAAUUCUUGCACGUGAUCUUGGCCAAUACAUACAACUUGGGACAACAAUAGAUGAUGCAAUUGGUGAGGCAUACGACAAAACAGCAAAAUGGCUUGGCCUUGAUUUGAGGAGGAGUGGGGGCCCUGCUGUAGAGGAGCUUGCUCAAGAGGGUGAUGCAGAAUCAGUCAAAUUCUCUGUUCCUAUGAAACAACAUAAAGAUUGCAACUUCUCAUAUGCUGGUCUGAAGACCCAAGUGAGGCUGGCAAUUGCAUCCAAAAAUAUCAAUGCUGAAAUUCCCAUUUCUUCAGCAAGUAGUGAAGACAGACGUUCACGAUCUGACAUUGCUGCCUCUUUCCAGCGAGUUGCAGUGUUACAUUUAGAGGAAAGGUGUGAACGAGCAAUUGAAUGGGCGUUGAAGAUUGAUCCUUCUAUAAAAUAUUUGGUAGUUUCUGGAGGGGUUGCAUCAAAUCAGUGUGUCAGGGCUCGACUUAAUCAUGUUGUCACGAAGAAUGGCCUGCAACUUGUGUGCCCUCCUCCUAGUCUUUGUACCGACAAUGGUGUAAUGGUUGCUUGGACGGGCAUUGAGCACUUCCGAGUGGGAAGAUUUGAUCCACCACCACCUGCUGAUGAAGCUGAAGAUACUAUACUUGAUUUGCGGCCAAGAUGGCCACUGGGAGAUGAAUAUGCCGAAGGAAAAAGUGAAGCACGGUCACUGAGAACAGCCCGGGUUCAUCCAUCUCUUACGUCUCUCAUCCAAGCUUCUCUACAACAACAAUCAUAGUCCGUAUAUCAAUAAGUCUUCCAUAUUCUUUAUUUGAGGAUCUCUCAAGUAAAAUUAUUUCUUCGGAUUACACGGUCUCUGCUUGUGGUAAAAGUUCAUCCUUUUUGCGUGAACCUUAGUUUGAGCAUUGGCAUCAAGCAAUGUUUUGACACCCAUCUGGGAAGGCAUUUAAGAGUUCAGAAGGGUUUAUUGGUAGCGAAAAUAUUUUUCUAGUGCUCUAAAUCGAUCCACCGCCACCGCCACAGCUACCGUAUCACUGCCACUGUUACUGUCACAGGGUUAGGUUAGGUGAGUAUUAGGUUUUGAGAGAGAGAGAGAGAGGUGUCAUACUGAUGUAAACUUUUUAUAUUUGAAUUACUCCCUCUGUUCCAAAAUAAUGGUCUCUUUUGGAGAA